GACGGCAGAGACUUGGUCCAGAUAUUCAAAAUGGCGGCUUGCUUGAAAACAACCGGCAAAUUUUGGAUUUUAUCGCUCUAAAAACAGCUCUUACAGCGCCAUCGACAUACUAUAAACGUGGUGAAUACUUUAAGGGAAAGUAGAUCCCGCUUUUUAUUAAUUUCGUGCAUGAAUUCUAGCUGAGAUAGUAGCAAAUGGUGAACAUGUCAUUUCGGUGCCCAAGUUUCGGUGUCGGUCUUGUUGAUAGAUCUCUGCAGAGAGAUGUGAGUGUGGUUUGUACAGCAGAGCAAACCAGCAAAGUAUUCGUGGCUUUUAAAGUUAUCGAAGAAAGGCUUCAUGGAGACAGUGGCUACAAGGUUUUCGUCACUUCUAACGAUACUCAAGGUAUCUUUAUAACAGGGUUGACUCAAGCACUACAGUCAUUGACCCCCUAUACUCUCCAAUUUUGCAAUAACACGCAACAAUGGAUAUCUCCAAGAACUUUUGAUGUUGACAUUUUCAUUGGAUCCCACUUGGAUAUCCUCAAAAUAUUGAGCCAUCGACAGCCCUCCCCAUUACUUCUUGUGAUGGAUAAUUGUCAUGCGGUGUCAGAAGGAGGUUCAGUUAUGAAGGACCUAGUAAACAUUGCCAGACAACAGCCAAAGUGCAUUAUCAUGGGUUUAACAUCAGGUAUUGUGGGUAGGAGGAGAACAUGCAUUUCAGAUGUAUAUCAACUUUUAACUACAAUGGAGGUAACAUUUGGUGUCCAAGCUAUUGUUUCUAGUGAUUUACUUGCUGUAAACAAGUAUGGAGAAAGACCUGAAGAGACAUUGGUUGUAGCCUCGUCAAUGACAAAUGACAUAAUUAACAAGAACGUGUUAGAGUGUUUGCACGAGGCAAGGGAUACACUGUCCUUUGCUAACAAUGGUGAAAGUGUAGAUGUUUUUAAUCGCCUGUCAUCCAUGUUAGCGGAAUGUGAAGAUAUAUUAAUAGAUCUUGGUACCUUUAGUUCACUCAAGGCUUUGUCAUUCACUAGUAGAGAAUUUAACAAAGAAGGGAAGAAAGCAAUAAAGGCCAAACAAGAAGACUUAGCAACCACCCUACAAAUAUGUGCAGCUAAACUAGACGAAGUGGUUAAUACUGUGAAGAAAGAGUUUGAUGGUUCUGCAGAUAUUCUAUUGACAGAUGUGACAAGAAGAAUUUUUCAAUUUUUAACUUUGUUGGAUAAAGAGAAUUCUACAUCCCCUACAGAACAAGUUGAAUUAAGAAAUAAAAAUUUUGAAAGAGUUCAUUUUAAAUGUCAAAAUGAUGACAUUAGUAAAAUUGAAAUUGCCAAUCACACAACAAGGCCAAUGCAAAGACCUGUUGCUGUGAUUCUUGCAAAGUCUGAACUGCAAGCUCAUGCCAUAAACAGCCUUAUCAGUUACAUCUCUGAUUUUACUCAUCCAUACCUCAAAACCAGAAUUUUGUCAAAUGACAAGAUCAAUCAGAUGAUUAACACUCACAUGUCUUUAGAUGACAAGGAGCCAGACCCCCUAGUAGGUGACAUGACCAUGCAGGGCAUCUUGAAUGGGUCCAUUAAUGUCCUUAUUGUAUGCCGUGAGGUAGAGCAUCUACUGCGCCUAUCUCAGUGCCGGCUGGUUGUCAGGUUCGGUGUCCCUAAUGAUUAUAUAUCAUAUGUUGUUGUCAAGAACAUUGCCAGAGAGCAAAAUGCACAUGUGAUGUUUAUAAAAACCAAGAGCGUGCAAUGUCACGAGGAAAAUACCUUUGUGGAAUUUCAGACAUUGGAAGAAAUAUUCUAUGUCAGAAGCUCACCACAGCCGGUGCAUCAUUGCACAUCUGAUCUGAAAGAGGACUCAGUAUAUACACCAUUUGGCCCAGAUGGGCCCUGUGUAACGGCAGAUACAUCCAUCAGUCUCAUCAAUAGUUUUUGUAGUCAGUUCCACACUGAUGGGUUGAGUAAAGCUAUCCCACAUUGCUGCAGCAGUGUGUUUGAGCAGGGAGAGCAGAUCAAAGUGACUUCUACAUUGUUUUUGCCAAGAAAUUCUCCACUUAGCCAGCCAUUCAAGGCCCACCUAACAGUUUCCAAACACAAUCCUAAACAUGAACCAGCAGUAGCUAAGCUGAGAUGUGAGCAAUUGGCAGCCCUAGAGGCGGUCAAAGCGCUUCAUACUGCAGGGGAGCUAGACUCCAGUUUACAGCCAUGCGCAAGGCGGCGAGAGCAUGUGUUCAAGAGAAAAGACGAGACAUGUCCUGACGAGAUCGCGGAUGGGAGUAUAGGCCGGGCGGGAUCGCUCAGGCGAAGACGUGCUUACAAGUGUAAGAUUCCCUGUGUCUUCACCAACAGCCUUCCUGAUCCUGGCCAAUCAUGCUAUGUGUAUGCGGUCCACCUUGUACUAACUAAGCCAGACUCGCAUGAGAGGGCUGUUCGCUCACAAGGAACACGUUUAAAGGACCCUGAGAAGCGGCCUUUAUCUUUAGGGAUUAUUCUCAACAAAUCAUUGCCAAAGCUCCCCGCAUUUAUUAUCUACGACAGAGCAGGUGAGAUGACUGUCUCUCUCAAGCAUUGCUACAAUACCAUGCUCACUUCCCAACAACUCGCACUAAUACAGCGCUUCCACCGAUACGUGUUCACUGACGUCCUGAACCUCGAGAAAGGCGAGUCCUCGCUGAACUUCGAACCAAAAGAGAACAAGAAUGGAUGCUUCCUUGUACUACUCAGGAACACUGAUCAGACUACGAACCCCGAUAGGGAAGGUCAGACAAAGAACCCCUAUGAAGAAGGCCAGACAACGAAUCCCGAUAGGGGAGGUCAAACAACGAAUCCCGAUGAGGCACAGGAAAAUAUCCGUAAAGGAUUUGACGGCUUUCCAAAACUGAGUCAAGACGUUCAUGCUUCAGGAGUUGAGAGGUGCGACAAAAUCCCUUUAGACGGGGCGAAUGGUAGCGCAACGGUCACAAGCAAUGAGCUUCGUAGAACGCCGUGUAAUGCAAAUGGUAAUAAGUAUGAUAUUCGGCCUGAGAUGGUUAACGAAGAAAAUGUUCCAAUCUUGGCCAAGCAAAAUACCCACAAUACUAAUCCAUCUUGGAAAAUCGCAUUCGGUUUCCUUUACUCUCUAGAAGAUUCCGUGACCAGUUUUGAUGACCCAUGUGAUCCUCCUCCUCCAAUUACAAGCGACUUUGAAGUGUUUCGUGACAGUGUCGUCACGACAGCAUACGCUCCUUCGAGAUUGCGUUACUACGUGGCUGAUAUCCGCUAUGAUGAGAGUCCAACCUCACCGUUCCCCUCUCCGUCCGUCGCACCAACGUUCGGAGACUACUACAAGGAUCGCUAUGGCGUGGAUCUGUCACGUGAUCAGCCUCUAUUGGAUGUGGAUCACGUGUCCUCGCGCCUGAACUUCCUUCGGCCUCGUUAUAAAACAAGCAAGGGCAAAGAUCUGGCUCUACCGGAUGAGAAAUCCAAAAGGUCGCAGAGGUCACGUGUGUCCUUGGUCCCAGAGAUGUGUUCUAUCCACCCUAUACCGGGCUCACUGUGGCGUGACAUCACUAACAUGCCGUCUAUUCUUUAUCGUGUCGAUGCUUUGCUUAUAGCCGAGGAGCUACGCCAGAAAUUAGCCGUCGAGGCGGGGAUAGGUAUGCCCGUCUGGCCUGAAGGACAUGAUCUACCUCAACUGUCCAUCGAAGAGAUGGUAGCAGGGCCAAUUCACCCAGCUGCUGCCUCUAGCGACGUCACUGUACAGUGUUCCUCUUUCAGUGAUCCAAAUACUGCCGCUAAAACUUGCUCAGUAGUCAACACAAGUGUGCCUCUGGAGACUCGCUUGGGCAGCAUGAUCCUUAGCGAUUCUACUGAUGCGUGCACAUGGGAGACCCGGAGAAGUCACUCGAAUAAAGGGAGUGAAACUCCAGAAGUUGGCUUAAAUGGCAAGAGAGUAAACAGCGCAGGAACCUGUUUAACAGGGGAUGUAGACGCGAAUGUAUCUAAGGAUCGUGAAACGCAGUUCGACCCUGGACCAUCAUCCACUCUUAUCCUUCGAGCCCUGACCACAACAAGCGCCAACGAUAUCAUAGAUCACGAGCGCCUGGAGAUCUACGGUGAUGCUUUCAUCAAGUACGCAAUUUCCGAACUACUUUACAGCGAUUUCCCCAAUGUUAAUGAAGGGAGGCUGUCUUUCUUACGCGGCCUACGCGUUAGCAAUCAGCAGCUGUUCUAUCUAGGUCGCAGCCGUGGCUUAGCGCCUUUGAUACUUACUAAGCCGUUUGAGCCCGUUGGUAGCUGGGUGCCUCCAGGGUUCUCUUCUUCUUCCAUGCGUAACGUCCACGAGACCCUGGACGUGAGUCCUCAACAUGGAGUUAAUGACGUUCUGAACAUCGACGAUGAAGACAGUUUAGAUCAUUCCGAGAUCCAAGACAUCAGCGGCAAUGAAUGCCGGGGAAACGUCGAACCAAUGUUACUCCCACCGCACACGUUUACUGUUAUAUCCGAUAAAACUGUUGCUGAUACAAUCGAGGCGUUGAUAGGCGCUUGUUUGAUGUCGAGUGGGACGAAUGCGGCGCUUAGGCUGAUGAGAUGGCUUGACAUGGAUGUCUCGUCUUGCCCUGAUAGUAAACUCUCCAACCCUUCCACUGAGAGCUCGUCUGAAGACAAAGCACGAAGCAUCUAUCAGGAACCAUGUAUUACCAAUCAUAUACCCUCGGCUACAGAGCUAUCUGUUACAGAUAUCAAGCCUCCUCUAACCCCUUCCUUUUCAGGGAAGAUGGAUGUCCAGCUUUUCAAGCGAGCCGUACAAGAGCCACUCUCUACUCCUUUCAUCUCAAAGCAGACGGAUGAUCUCCUUCGCGUACGUACUGCAAAUGAUCAACCCCCAGCCACUGUAUGUUCGACUGCAGGGCAAGGGCUGUUUGAAAACGUUGAGCCAUCCUCGACCUCAACAGUCUCCAAGCAGAUGAAAGAACAACUUUCCGUGCAUGCAGUGGACGAAAAACUUUUUGACAAUGCAUACUCGACCUCAGAGCAUGACCUUUCUAUCAACAAGCAACAUCAAACUACUGCAGUCUUAUCGGAACACCAACUUGGCGAACUUGCCCUCGUCGAGGCUUCAUUGGGUUAUACUUUCCGAGACAGGGAUAUUCUGCUUCAGGCGCUAACUCAUACGUCUUACCCACGAGCCUACAGCUCCGUCAACAGCAGCUACGAACAGUUGGAGUUCCUGGGGGACGCCCUUCUCGAUUACCUCGUCACACGACACGUGCUACAGAGGUUCCCACGUCUCUCUCCCGGUGCAAUAACUGACUUGCGUUCUGCUGUGGUCAACAACUACAGCUUGGCGUGUCUGACCAUCCAGCGCGACUUUCACAAGCACAUGCGAUCCAUGUCGAUGGCACUGUUCAAGGUCGUGAGGAGGUUUGUGCGAAGGCUGAGCGAGAUAGAGGAAAAAGAGACGAGACCAGAUCAGGUUUAUUCCAAGCUUCUGCUCACCACAGUGGAGGAUGGGAGAGGCGGCGAGGCCAUAGAGGUCCCCAAGGUGCUCGGGGACUUGUUCGAGGCGCUCCUGGGUGCGCUAUACGUGGAUUGUGGAAGGGAUGAGGAACUAGCAUGGUCAGUUAUCUACCCUCUCCUGACACCAAUCAUCGAGCACUACUCGGUCCAUCUGCCUAUCUCACCCACUCGGCAGCUCGUGGAAAUGAUGCCAGGCGCCGCCACAUUCACCUGUCUGAGUCAAAACGUCAUCGGCCAUCACGCCUGUGAAUUGGUUGUCAAGGGUUACGGGCGGUUCAUGGGCACGGGCAGGAACGCCCAGAUCGCGCGAUCCACCGCUGCCCAGCACGCGCUGGCGCGCAUAAAGAGCAAACAAAAGAAAUAAAGACUGAGAACAAACAUCGAAAACAACAGAUCAUUGAGAUUCAUCCAUUCGCAAAAUGGAAAUGUGCUAGCGGUUUCUUGAAGAACUCUUUCCCAUUGGCAUGACUUGAAGCAGAUGUUCUACCGGGCCAUGUUUACGACAAUAAACUGCGACACUGUCAUACGCAAGUUCAACUGUCAUACGCAAGUUCAUAGAUUUUGAUGUGCCAUCGAACUGAGAUUACCAGGUCUCAAUAUUCAGAUGUCGCAUUUUGUUAUUGUUGCAAGAAAUUGGACUAUGUAGUUUCUAUUUCUUUACUCAAAUUUUAUUCUGUACUUUUAAAGAUUUUCUAGUGAGCUUAUUUUUUUGGUGAGCUUACAUUCUGGCGAAAUAGCAAAUAUUUGUCAGAGUUGGUACUGAGAUGUUAUUUUCCAUGAAGAUUUUAUUGAUUUUGGAGUUAUUUGUUUUUGUUCGUAUUUUUUGUCCUGUAUUUCAAGAGAUCGUUUCAACCAUCGUAAAAAGCAAGCAACGUCCUGCAGUUAGCGAGACCAAGUGCCUUCUGUUGCCAAAUAAACAGAUCUUUAUCGAA